CGAAGCAGAUCGAGCUCAACAAAUAGUCAGUUUACAAAUUUGCUGUCGUUCCGAUUUGACUGCAUACAAAAUAUAUUGCAUGAUUAAAGAUGCCACGCAAACUAUACAAAAGGAAAUGGGCAGCUGCUGAACCAACCGAAGUCCCUGACAAUUCUGCUGAGGCUUCUCAAGUCGCUGCCACAACUGCUGAACCUUCUCAAGUCGCUGCCACAACUGCUGAACCUAGCACGGUAGCUGAUGCAUCCGAAGUAAGUGCUGAAGACUUCGAAGUCGGUGUCAAGACAGUAGCUUCAGCGGUCGCUGUAGAAGUCGCUGCCACAACUGCAGAAGCUGUUGGAGUCGCACCAGAUGAGUUAGACAACGACAACGUCGACGACAAACCGAUGUCCAGCCACAAUGCUGUUGCUUACAGCAAAAAUCCGAAAGCGGAGUCCUGUGCAGAUCCCGUUUUGGUCGAUUUACACAAUAACAUGCUGCGCAUGAGCGAUAUCAAGCUACUGCAUGGUCCUCAUUUUCUGAACGAUGCUGUGCUCGGCUUUUAUAUGACCUAUCUAGACCAGAUUAAGUACAAACCAAAUUUAUUCUAUCUGUUUGUGACACCGGAACUGUCCCAAUGUUUGCCCUACAUGGACAAGAAGCAGCAAGAAAUGGCGCUAUUACAAGAUCGCUUGGCCCUUACCAAAUCAUUCAUAUUCUUUGCGGUGAAUGACGGAUUGUCGAACGGACGCGACGGCAUCUUUUGGUCUCUGCUGGUUGCGUCGCGGCCAAAUAAUUCCUUCUAUCACUUUGCUUCGUAUAGCAACAACAAUAUAGAUAACGCAGUGGAGCUGUUCAACAGUAUUAAAGAUGUUGUGGGCAUGCCUGAAGCAAGCUUUCGCGUCGGGAGUUGCACGCAACACAAGAAGGACUACGAUUGUGGCAUUCACGUCAUGUGCAUGGUCGAUCAUCUGGUUGACCAUGUGAUUUGCUACAAUACCAUCUCAGGUGUUAAACUGUUGCCCCGGAAAGUGAUCAAAAUCAAGCGCAAUACGCUUAUCACACUGAUCGCCUCGCUGAGUAAGCUAGGUAAACACUAAACCAUUACAACAGAAAUAGAAUAGGACGCAGCAAACAGCAAGUAAUAGAACUCCCUACACUACGAUAUCCAGUUUCCAUUAGGAAUACUGAAAAGCUGUAUACUAACGUAACCAUAAAUUAAUGUUUUUAAACAUUAAUAAACUUAUUGCAAGUU